AUGAGAACUGCCCACACAGCUGUGAAGGCAAGAAGGACAUACAAGGGGUGAUCACGUUUUCUCAGGCACAGCGACAAGGGACUGAAGCCCACCUCAAAAAUGAAUCUUUUCUGCUUUUCACUGGAAGGCUCUAUGGACAGCUUAUAUGAGCCAGUCCCAGAACAACAAACUAACCAAGAAAGCACCUCUGUCGGGAUUGGUUCUCUUAUCUCACCUAUUGGAGAGAGUGGAAAAGCACACAACAAUCUCUUCAUGGAAGUUUCUAAUUUUGAGGAUGCACAACCAAAAAGAAAGUCAAUCCGGAGAUCUCUGUCUGAAAACAAAAGAUUUGAAAGGAAAACAGUGAACGACACAAUCUGGCAGGAACCCGGCAAGGCUGAGAAUGAUUCCCACAUCAGAAGACACUGUCAGCUAAAAGAUCUAACUGAAGAUGAUUUUCUUUUGAGUAAUAAAAUACAUACUUUUCAAGGAAAAACCUUGCAAGGAGCAAGUUUUAGGGUAACCUUUAAGUGCUAGAGUCCACCUCACUAUCAAAGACAUGUAAAACCUACUGCCAAUGAAGUGGCUGUAAAAUCAGGUGACCCAGUCAAAUCAGUGGGAACGUUAAAGAGACUACAGAAACUGGUUCAGACCAAGAAAGACAGGGUGUCCAAUCUGAAUGAGAUGAAACCUACAUUCAUAAAUCUCCAAGAUGAAGAUGAAACACUGAUUUCCUGUAUGAAAUUAGCCAAAUCCCAAGGAAAGAAAAUUAAUAACGUUAGCACAAGGGGAGAAAUGAAGACUGGACUGAAUUCUAUUUCUGCAUCACUGGCUAGAUCCAGCACCUCACCUGGAUGCAAUUUGGCAGAAAUGUUAUCCCACAAUGAAGGUGAAGUUCAGAUGUGGACCAGCUGGCAGCCUUUUCCAGAAAACCCUCUCUGGACAUGUGUUGAUUUCCAAAUUGCCCAAAUUGGAACUUGGAACAACUGUUCCCACUGUACUCACCACCCACAACUUAAGUCUUCAUGGACAGAUAUGGAUCUCCCACAUUCUUGGCGCAGCAGCAGUUUUGGGAAUUUUGAUCGUUUUCGGAAUAAUUCCAUUUCAAAACCAGAUGAUUCAACUGAGGUAUAUGAAGGAGAACCCAUAAAUGAAAGUGGAGAACAAAGUAAAACUUCAAAUAAUGGAGGGGGUUUAGGGAAAAAAAUGAGAGCUAUUUCCUGGACAAUGAAGAAAAAAGUGAGUAAAAAGUACAUCAAAGCCCUCUCUGAAGAAAAGGAUGAGGAAGAUGGAGAGGAUGCUGUCCCAUAUCGGAACAGUGACCCAAUGAUUGGAUUUCACACAGAGAAGAUCUCUCUUAAAGCCAGUGACUCCAUGGAUAGUCUCUACAGUGGGCAGAGUUCAUCAAGCGGAAUAACAAGCUGUUCAGAUGGUACAAGUAACCGGGAUAGCUUUCGACUUGAUGAUGAUGGCCCCUACUCUGGACCAUUCUGUGGCCGUGCCAGAGUACAUACCGAUUUUACACCAAGCCCCUAUGACACCGACUCCCUCAAAAUCAAGAAAGGAGACAUCAUAGACAUUAUCUGCAAAACACCAAUGGGGAUGUGGACAGGAAUGUUGAACAAUAAGGUGGGAAACUUCAAAUUUAUUUAUGUGGAUGUCAUCUCAGAAGAGGAAGCAGCCCCCAAGAAAGUAAAGGCCCACCGAAAGAGUGGAAAGGAAAAACCCAAGACUCUGCAGGAGUUCUUAGAGAGGAUUCACCUUCAGGAAUAUACCUCAACACUUUUGCUCAAUGGUUAUGAGACCCUAGAAGAUUUAAAGGAUAUAAAAGAGAGUCAUCUCAUUGAAUUAAACAUUAAAAACCCAGAAGACAGGAUGAGAUUACUAUCAGCUGCUGAAAAUCUCCUUGAUGAAGAAACCAUUCAAGAGCAAGAAAAUGAAUCCAUGCCUCUAUCCUUAAACCCAGACAUCUCCUUAAAUAAGUCACAAUUAGACAACUGCCCAAGGGACUCUGGUUGUUAUAUCUCAUCAGAAAAUUCAGAUAAUGGCAAGGAAGAUCUAGAGUCUGAAAAUCUCUCUGAUAUGGUACAGAAGAUUACUAUUACAGAGCCAAGUGACUGAACACACAUUCUCAACUUUAUAUGUACAACAGAUGCAUUCCAUUUUAAUUCUACUUGAGCUAAAAGAUCAAAUAGGAGAAAAAGAGAAGUAUUUGCCGAUACAACCUAAAGUUAAAAUGAUUUAAUCUGAAUGAUUUUACAUAAAAGUUAAUGCUCUAACAUUCCCUAUUAUUGUAAAUAGUAUAUAUAUUUAUUAUUUUAAAUGCUACAUGUUAAUAUUUCAUUUGACUGUAUUAGAAAAAGGUAUAGUGUAAGUCUUUGGCAUGUGUAACAUAAGCUUUAUUCAGUUUUGCUUUCUAAGUGUGAAAUGAUGAAUUCUGCAGGAAAAAACCUCCUUUUUUCAUACCUAUCAGUUUCGCAUUUGUGUCUGUUAUUCAACAAAUAGUAAUAGCACAUAUGUCUAUUUAACCAACUAUCCAAGCAGCAUUCACACUCAUUUUUAUACUUAAUGGGAAAGUGUGAGUUAAUAUCAGAAACAUUUUAUCCUGAUCCACAGUGGAGCUUUAGUAACUGUUUUUUUGUUAGUUUCUUCACUGUUACCUGAUAUAAAAGUAUAGAUAACAAGACAUUUUUGAUUCUCAUUUAGUAAGAUGAAUUUCAGUAAUUGUACAGAUGUUUCAUCUUUAAUUGUAAAUAUUUUUAAUUGUGAAAUACCCUAAUUU